UCGAUCGGACAUCAGUCGCUGCUCAUCGGCACUCAAGGCGUUUUUUUUUGGAAUUGGUAUCAUCGCAUCAAGUGAAAAAGUAGUCAGCAUGAAGGUCUUCGUUUGCAUGUGUGCUCUGUUCGCUGUGGCCAACGCCGGAUUCCUGGGACUCCUUGGAGGAGGCGGUGGUGGUGGAGGUGGUGGCGGUGGUGCCAACCUGAAGGCCGGCAUCAGCCUGGGCGGAAAUGGAGGAGGUGGUGGCAAUGGAGGCGGCGGCGGCGGCGGCGGUGGUGGCUACCACGGCGGUCAUGGACCAAGUGGCCCAGUCCAGGUGGUCAAGGUGAUCCACCAGCAGGGCGGUGGCGGCUACUCCUCCGGCGGCGGUGGCUACUCCUCUGGCGGUGGCUACUCCUCCGGCGGCUAUGGAGGUGGCUACGCCUACGAAGCUGCUCCCCAGGUCUUCAAGGUGAAGGUCAUCUCUGGUGGAGGCGGCGGACAUGGACCCGCCCCCGGUCCCGUUUACCUGCCCCCCGUUGGUCCCGCCCCCUCCUCCGUGAAGGUCAUCAAGAUCCUGCAGGAAUCCGCCCCCAUUGUGAGUGCCCCACUGGUCGAGAGUGCCCCGCAGAUUGUGAAGGUGGUGAAUGUGGCAUCCGGACCCGUGGCUGGACCCUCCUUCAUUGGCGGCUCCUCAUCCGGCGGUGGUGGCGUCUCCCAGGUCAUCAAGGUGGUCCAUGAGAGCGGAAUCUCGUCGGGUGGUUACUCUGGCGGUGGAUACGCUGGUGGAUACACUGGUGGCUACUCUGCUGGAGGAUACGGCGGCGGUUACUCCUCGGGUGGCGCCACCAAGGUGGUGCGUGUGAUCCAUGAGCACUCCGCUCCGGCUGCCGGACCCGCCUAUGCCCCCAUCGAUGUGCCCGGACCAGUGGCUGCUCCAGUGGCUUCCUACCUGCCUCCCCAGGAGAUCGCUGCCCCAGCUCCAGCUCCGGUUUAUGCUGCUCCAGCUCCAGCUCCGGUUUACGCUGCUCCUGCUCCAGUUUACUCUGCUCCAGCUCCCGCUCCAGUUUACUCUGCUCCUGCACCUGCUCCAGUUUACUCUGCUCCAGCUCCCGCUCCAGUGUACUCCGCACCUGCUCCUGCUCCAGUGUACUCCGCACCAGCUCCCGCUCCAGUUUACUCCGCACCUGCUCCCGCUCCAGUGUACUCCGCUCCUGCACCUGCUCCAGUUUACUCCGCACCUGCUCCCGCUCCAGUGUACUCCGCUCCUGCUCCCGCUCCAGUUUAUGCCGAGCCAGCGUACUCCGCACCUGCUCCUGCCCCCGUCUAUUCCGCCCCAGCUCCCGCUCCCGUCCUGAGCCUGCCUCAUCCCGCUCCGGCGCCCGUUUUCGCACCAGAGGAGCAGGGCCUGCCCAUCGGCCACGCCCCCGCCCAGACUUACGGCCCACCGGGAUACUAGAUGCACCCGUCCAUUCGGAGGACCUUCCUGCUAACUACAUCGAGAGCAUUCUACCAUUCCUACACAACGCCAUGAGUUAAUUUAAGACAUUUUUUUUAUCACACAUUUUUUUGUUAGACAAUAUAUGAAGAAAACCAAA